AUGUCCGAGUUUCCGGUUGUGUCACACUUUCUGUCCACCGAUUUGAUCCAGCCGUUGAAGGAACAGCCGGUGAGUGUCCACUUCAAGGGCACCUUCCAGCUUCGAAAGUUCAAGUCCAAUCCGGAUCUGGUCGCUCUGAAGAUGGCCGAACAGAAUCGCUUCGAUCGGAUCCCUUCGCCUCCGGUGUGUGGCUUGGAUGUGAUGAAGAUGCACCGGCAAAUGCAGAAGAUCAGUCCGGUGGAAACGAGAGUUUCUAAAACGCGUCUGUAUGUCCGGCCCAACUCGAUGGAGUCCAAAAGUUGUGAUAAAAAAGAACACAAAAACUUGAAGUUUGAUACGGAAUCGGAAGCAGAAGAGAUUAACAAGAUAUGUCAGGAGUUUUCUAAUCAAUUGUGUUCACUGAAGUAAAUAAGUACCAAGAGCAAUUUCCAACAUAAUAAACAUGGGUGCUAUUGUCUAAUCGUA